AUGUCCACUCCUCGCAGUGCAUCGCCCGUUCCGCGAUUAGCUCUGCAGAUACCAGGCCAGCAACAGCAGCACCCAGCCAUAGCUUCCACAAUGAAGAUACACAAGCGACAUACCGUGCCCUAUCCAUCUCCAAGUUCGUCUCCUAAUAUUUCUCCGCCCGCGCCGGCUAGAUCAUACACACAUCCGGUUGGAAAGGACAUCGAGAAACAUCAACAGAGAUACAUGAACCGCAUGCAGUCCAAGCUGGAACCGCAUCUCAAGACUCUUGACCAAGCCCAGAGAAUGUCUAAGGAACCCCAAAAGGAAUCCGGACCAGAAGACGAACCAGUGCCUACUUUUUUCAUCAGCCCUGGAGCUAGCAAUUACCCCGAUGACAAUGACAUGUUACACGAGGAAUUUGUUGCCAUUGGUGACUUAGAAGAUCAAGACCUGGAUUACAUUAUGAGGGCUUCUGGAUUUCAAACAGCAGAGUAUAUGCCGGACCCAGAGGAACCCAUCCAGGAGCCUGUUCAGAUUACUGUGGACAGCCCAAGCGAACAUCAACAGAUGUCGCUACAUCCCCAGUCAGCAACUACUCAGGGACUUCUUGUUGCUCCGGUAGUGCAGGGUCCAAUCAGCGACUCUGGGGUUGGGUCUACUAUGGGUAGUCCUGGAACGCUUGCCUCAAACUACGCCAAUGCAGGACUACAAAGUUUUGCCACCGAUGGGUCGGUAACAAGGGCGCUUUCAGGGCAUGCAAGGAAGAUUUCGGCUGCUUCUUCACUAGAGACUGAAGCUGGCUUAGGGAACGGGAGCCUUAUGGGCCGACCAAGCCUCGUCCCCGAGUCCGGCUCGUCUUAUACAGUGGCAUCUUGCCAAGAGCUCACUCCACCGAGCUCGGCAACUCUAUCUCCGAAAUCUUUCCUUGCUACCCAACCAGAGUUAAGCAGGGCAAUGAUGGACCUCGAAAGCAUCCACGCGAUCGAGAGGCAUUUAAUUAGUCCCAUGAUCGAUAACCUUGAAUUUGUUGGAUUACAGAAGGUCCUCUCCUGUGCGAAGGAAAGAAUGUAUCAAGGGCAAAUUCGAUGUUUGAGAGAUGUGGAGAAAUACAUCAUGAAUAUGGUUAAUAAUAUGAGCCCAACCGUUCCACCGAAAAACUUCUUCAAUACUCUCUUCAAUGGGAUUCAGAAUGCCUAUCCUGAUGUUCUUGAGAAAGAUCGUGUUCGGGAGAAAGACAUUCCAUACACAAAAAAUUAUUUUUUGGAUCAGCUUGCCCUAGUAUCAGGAGGCGCCAUGCAUUAUUCCAAUGCCCAACAGCGAGUAUCUAAGCGAAGGUUGUCGGCUGAUGCCGAGGAAUCUGGCAUUAAAAGACCAGCGAUCACUCCUGCCAGUUUCAACUCACAAGGGCCGUUUGUCAAGCCAGUUGCGAAGCUCAGGCAAAACAAUACACCCAAACAACAGCUUGAAAUUCUUACCCAGGUUCCUCCUGAGGUUUACAAUUCCUGCCAAUUGGUUAGUCACCCUCAGACUCAUAUAGGCAACAAUUCUACUUUCCAGUUUGACGAGAACACGAAAAACACCAUCGCUCAAAGUCAAUCCUGCGAUGUUCGGGCAUAUUAUCAGCCUACUAUAUCGCAGCCAUGGCAAUCUAGUGAUCAAUUGGGAAUGACUACUACCAUGAUCAGCCAUGGUGGAUAUUCUCCAGCAACUUUGCAGACAUCUUUGACAGCCACCUCUACUCUUGCCUUAGGUGGUUUCGCAACCUCCCCAUCCGAACCCACUUCUGCGAUUAGCGCUGGUUCUCCGCUUCACUCUUCACCAAUUUCUCGAGCCAAUUCCAAGGAACCUGCCAACUAUUCCUGUGAAUUCUGCCAAAAGACCUUUCCCCGUCCUUGCGACCUGACGAAACAUCGCAAGACACAUGACCGUCCUUUCAAAUGCGACGAUGUAAAUUGCAAAUACCACAUUGAAGGAUUUCCUACCAACAAGGAGAAGGAGCGUCACCAAAAUGAUAUUCAUGCCUUAAAUUCAAGGGAGUGGAAAUGCCAAUUCGCCCCUUGCCCAUACAAAUCAAAGCGUGAGAGCAAUUGUAAACAACACAUGGAGAAGGCACACCAGUACAUCUACAAGCGAAUGAAGAGGAAUCCGCGGAGGAGAGAUCAGGGAGUGCCGGUUACCCCGACAAGGAGAAAGAAGAACACAUCUAUUGCAAACGAGUCGCAGUCUUCGACGCCAGUCAUGCCGAAUGAGAAUCUCGAGAUUCCCCAGGUUUCACAGCCUAGCGACUUUCCUUUAUUCCUUGAUAAUUACUUGGAUCCCAGCCAGCUUCCAGGAAAUAAUUACCCGUGGGCAUCUCCUAUGACUAAUACCACCGAUUAUGACCAAAGCCCCUUAUCCAUAGUUCCAAAUGACUUUGAGGAUUAUCGAGGUGGAUCAAGAACAAACCCUGUGAUGACCGGCGAUUGGGUUAUGUUUGACGAUGUCGAUAACUCUGUACAUCAGUAUCGCGGCAUCUCAGACUUUCAACACAACUUUCAUCCUACAUUCGGCAUCGGAAACGAGUCUGCAUGGAACAUUGAUAGCGAUACUGUUGACUGA